AUGAGCAGUACAACUCCCAACACGAACCCGCAUGGGGGCUCCAGUACCCAGACAGAGCAGACUGCUGCUCCUCAGCCCCAAAACAAUGAGACUCAGGACAUUCAAAGUAUGCUCAACGCACUGAAUAGCCCAUCGGUUUCCUUCGAUCCAAUGGACUGGGAUCAGCUCUUCCAUCUCCCAUUGCAGAUUCCAGCCGAUAACGCAGCUGGCUUUCCCGAAACCUUCUUGGUGACUCUUCCCAUGCCCGGCCCAGAACGUCGAUUGGUGACCUCCAGUCAACUUGCCCGCGAAGCAUAUCUUUUCCAGAUGCAAAUCAAUGCUGGUAUCGAGCCUACUGCUCUCCAGCGGUCACAGGAGCGCCGCAACACCCAUGGAUUCCAGCGAGCGCCUACUCGCUUGAACUCGCAGCUGCGACCUUUUAAUCCAGUUCGCAUCGCCCCUGCAAGAUUCCAUGGCAGACUGGCUCCUAUCGCAGUGCGCUCAAAUGCCCCUCAAAGUGUUGAAAGCGACCACUACUGGGAAAUUCUCAGCCGCGAACUGGGCCUUAAUGAGGUGCCACCUUUCCAAGCCCACAACAUUGGCCACUUGAUACCUGACCUGGAUGUUAACUUUGAUGCAUUGUACACCGUUGGAAAUAUCCCUCCUGAGGCUGACAAUGACGAGAAUGACAAUGUCCACUAUUAG